UGUCUUGUCUUUGGUAUGAGCAAUGAACAUUGAACAAGUAGCGAAAUUAAUAAAAUUAAAGUAAUGAAAUGAAACGAGCACAGACUGAUAACUGAAUUUGGCAAUGAGUAAGAAACGGGGAGGAAGGCAUCUUCUUUCAUUUUGUGUUGUUUAAUUUACUAUAAGUACAGUUUGAUGUCUUUUAUUUAAUGUAUAACACGGCCGAUAUAUGUCCGCGAGAAGUGUAGAAGAGUAAUGUUUGGGUGAUGGAGUCACCGCCUUCGUUUUCAACACAUUCCGAGGUGCCUCCUUUAAGUGAAGAUAGUGGUCUACUCAUCACUAGCGGAUCCUUCUCGAGCGAUUCCGCUAGCGGCUGGCAUCACGUUACAUCCGAGUUACAAGAAAGUGACUUUGAUGAGAAAUCUUUGUCGCUAUGCGAGUCAACGGAGACGUCGGAGCGAAUGUGUGGCGAUUUUUUUAACACUGUCAAGAAAGGGCCUGGAAAAGUCUUACUAACGACUAUUGACCCACCGCCUGAAUUUCAGGAUAACCCAGUGCCGCUUAAUAUUGUGGAAGUUGCAACAUUAUUUGUACCUCCAACCGUUGUGUACAAUAAUGACUCUGUAAAGUCGAAAUCAUCGGUUCUUGAAAUUCCUAUGACAACGAGACAUUUGUCUCCAUUAUACGGGAAGAAAUUGAAACCGGAAUCUUUGUACGAGCGGCGGCAGUGCCUGAACCACCGGUUCGCGAGCCCGCGCCUGCUGCACCUGAGCCCGUGCCGCGGCACGCGCCCCUCCUCGCGGAACUCCCUCACCUCCCGCCUCUCCAGCAGCCACAACUCCCUCAUCACACAGUUCCAGGACGACUCCAGCUUCAUCACCCAAGCCAUCUCUCACGACACGCUCUCCGCCAACACCUCCGACAUCACGGACAUGUACAAUGUGCCCUUCGACAGCGACAUCUACGCUGUCCCCGUCGACAUGGUCCGCCCCGGUCAAAGCAACAUGAGAAAAGGCAAAAAACCACCCAGGACCAACAAGAAACGCGGCAAAACCGCAUCGCAAAAUUUGACUACGAAUCACGUGCAGACCGACAGAAAUCACAAGCCAAAGGAAACGACGAACCGACAUAAAGAUUCCAAAAAUAAAAGGCACAGCUUGCCAAGUUCGUCUUGUAGGAAGAACACAUCUGACUCAGAGGCGGACUCGCUCCACCUGACGUUGCGUGAAAUGCGUAAAUAUUUGCACACUCUGUACUCUAGCUCGAGCGACUCCGAGUGCCGGAAUACGCUGAACAAGAAAAAUAAUAUAACGAACGUGGAGAUACACGUGCGGCCAUCGAAAGACGCCAAGACUAAUAAGGAUAAUGAGGUAUGCAGUGCGUUAGAAACGAAUAACAAUCAUAAAAAGCCUCAUAAAAACUCUUUUUGUAUGAAUAUUAAGAAUAAGAAGCAUAAAGAGGUUCCUAAGGACGAUACGGCCGAUAAGAGUGUUAAGACGCCGCGUCAGAGUCAAAAGAAGAUGUCGCCGGUGCGGAUUUUGUCGUUGAACUUGAAGCAGAGUUUUUGUAAUCUGUUUCGGUGGCGGCGGGCGGGGGGGCUGGAGCGGGAGAGAGGGGAGGAGGUGGUGGUCGAGCCGCCGGCGGCGGUGCGGCGCGCGCUGCCGCCGCUGCCCUCCGCGCCGCACUCCUCACGCCGGGAGGGAGACGACGCCUGCAUGGACUUCGCUACUUCCAUACAGAGGGUCAAAGACUAUGGCUGGUAUUGGGGUCCUAUCUCGGUGGAGGCGGCCGAGAAGAUCCUCUCUAACGAGCCGGACGGGUCGUUCAUAGUGCGCGACAGUAGCGACGACCAUUACAUAUUCACAUUAACUUUUAAGCUAAAUGGAAUGAGACAUGUUAGGAUUGAGCAUGAUCAGGGUAAUUUCUGUUUCGGCGGAUGCACAAUGUUCAAAGCGCAGACAAUAGUGGAGUUCAUAGAGAACGCGGUGGAGACGUCGCGCAGCGGACGCUACCUGUUCUUCCUGAACCUGCGGCCGGUGCUCGGGCCCGUGCGCGUGCAGCUGCUGUACCCCGUCUCGCGGUUCAAGCGUGUGCAGAGCCUGCAGCACAUGUGCAGGUUUGUGAUAUUAAAAUACGUAAGACGGGACCUGAUAAGCAGCCUGCCGUUGCCGAGACGUCUUCUGGACUACCUGAACGCCACGCACUACUACUCAGAACUCCUUGCCGAAAUAUAGGACCUGUUUGUUGGUUAGUUCUAUUCGUGUGACGCGCGCCAGCCCGUCGACACCGAUUGACAACCGACAGAAGGCAACAAAUGUGAUCAUUGACUUGUACUUAGAUUUAAGAUUUUUUUAGCGACUGCCACGAUUGUAUUUAUCGAUGUUGGGAUGUGGUAGGUACAAAUGGCGAACGAUUUUAUUCUUUUGGGAAAGUCAUCCGUAUAUAGCCAUGCGAUACAUAUGUAAUCAUUUUGCAUUCCAUUAAUUCAAAAUAAUUUAUCACGCAAUAUUUAGACAUUCAACGUAUUUUCUUUAUUGUACCUGAUAGUAUCGCUAUUAUUAGUAGACUUGUUGGUUUAUACACGAUGCAGCGUUCAAAUAAAGCCUGGUGACGGCGGACCUAACAGGUACCGAUGUAACCCCCUUGAUGUUCAGCAGAAAUGAAUAGUUUCGGAGUUAUCACCGCAAUUAGGCUCGUAAAUUGAACGCCCUCAGAUCGGUUCCGAAUUCAAUCUGGUCUUCUGACAAAAUUACAAAAGUUAGGUUAGCAUGGUUUACAACUAAUAUAAAUUCUGAUGAUUUCUCCGUAAUCACAAAUUUUCGCUGGACAUAGGUACAGUCAGUAGUAGAGAUUGCUAAGCGGAUGAGGUGUUCAAAAUGAUCUUAACUUUAUUGUGAGAACAAGAGCGUGUUAAGGUAAUUUUGAACAUCUCGGCCGCUUAGCAACUUCUGCUGCUGACAGUGCAUGGGGCAAAUCGGUAGCUCGGUUCUCUAGCAUUGGUCUACGCUGGAUUCAUACUGAACGCUACACAGUGCAUCUGCAUAUAUUUAUCUCUGAAAAUACUUUAUGUACGUUUUGUUAUCGUAGACUUGUGCUAUUCGCGUGCGAAGACUACGGCCCGUUGUCUUAUCCAUAGUCUAAUAAAACAUGGUCUUCUCUUCCCAGAGUGACACAAGCCUACGUCACAAUAACAUUGCCACUUUAUAUAGCGCUGUCGCACAUUAUCAUAUAGCGCUAUCGCAUAUUAUCAUAUAGCGCUGUCGCAUGAUGACGUAGUCUUGUGUCAGUUAGGGUGGUUCAAAAAAAUUUUUUUUUUAUUUUCCGACGGGCCAUCCCCUUAUUUUGUUACACUUUUUAUGCUGAUAAAAUACACCAAGUUUCGUAAUUUUAUCUCAACUACAAGGGGGUUGCUCAACCACUUUGAAAAUUUUGUAUGUUGUAUGAAAACCAAAAAACAGAAGUAUUCAUUAUUCAGAUUUUUAUUUAAGUAUCUGUUUUCACAUUAUUUGCACAUGUGAUUUAUAAGUUUUUAAGUAGAAAAACAGUUUUAUUUCUAUUUUUUAUAAUUUUUCGAAAAGUAAGAUUUUUAGAAUUUCACCUAAAAAAUCAUAAAAAAUAGAAAUAAAAAUGGUUUUUCAUCAAAUAACUUUUAAAUCACACUUUAAAAUAAUGUGAAAACUACUACUUACAUAAAACUGAAAAAAAUAAUAACUUGUUUCUUUUGGAUUUCAUACAACUUUGAAAAAUUUCAAAGUGUUUGAGCAUCCCCUUGUAGUUGAGAUAAGAUUACAAAACUUGGCAUAUUUAGUCAACAGAACACGUGUAAUAAAAUGAGAGGGUGCCGCUUUUUCUAGCUGGAGUUUGAAUUUUUCCCAUACAAACGUGAACCACCCUAGUGUCAGUCACGUGGUCGGAAGAGAGUACCAGGCGGAGUAUAUUAUUAUACCAUGGUCUUAUCCGUGCCGUUUCCGUAGUCGACAAUAUUGCGUCCGUAUCGUGCUCGUGCGUUUCAUUGGGAACGUGCACAGUAUGUUAAUAAGUAUUACUUUAAGACGGAUGUUAACGGUUACCGUCUACUGCGCACAACGCGUUUGUUAGAUAUAGCUCGGUUCUCCUAGAAUAGCGGUGCCGUCAUAUAGCGGCCGUCUACAUACUAAAUAAUACGGCUAAAUAUGGAUGUCGUAGUAUUUGUAUGGAGACGGCCGCUAUAUGACGGCACCGCUAUCUGAAGAAACCAGAGCAUAAGUAGCUUUCUGUUAACUGGAAGCUACGUGAUGCCAACAUACGCUUUUACAAGCUCUAGCUAAGUUCACGACUGAAGUUUCGCAUAAUAAACCAAUGCGUUUGUCAUGGUACAAACUCAGUACAUAUUAUAAUACAGAGUAGAUACUUAAGUCUUUUAUAUUUUGUGUGGCGAUGUACCUAUUACGAUAUACCAUAGACGUAUGUUAUCAGCCAAAAUGUCCCGGGCGUUUGGGACGCGUAUCAUGUUCCAGCAAUACUUAAUGUUAAGUUUUAAACGACACAAAAUGUAUAUGUAUUUAUUGUUAAUCGUAAUGAUCUGGAAAAUGUGUCAAUUGGGAAGUUAGUAUAACCGUGGUUAAGUACAGUGGCAUGGUUGAUAGGUUUUCUAGAGAUGUGAAACUGUUUAUUUCCCCUCCGGUUAGUAGGGUUACUGCCUUAAUCGAUAAUACAAUGUUCUAUAGUAACGUCGCCUGUGAACUUAUUACUAAGCUAAUUUAAAUAUUAAUUAUAAUGCAAUAAUAAAUAUGUUUUAUGAGUCAACUUAAAUCUUUGUUCUAGUUGUUAUUUAUACAGUUUCGAGUUAUGCGCCUUAAACCUUAAAGUGCAUAGCGUCAUGUUCAAAUUUAUUAAUGGUUGUAUAUAUAAAUCAUUCAAUGUAAUGUUGUAUUAUUAAAUUUUUAAUAUAAAAUGAUUUGACUUGUG